UCCUCCAUCCAUGGGUUGUGGUGUUUCAAGAUUACACAACGCUGUAGGAGGAGAGGAUAGACACCGCCAUCAUUUUAGAAUUGUACAGAGAAAGGCCGAUCCUAUUCCUUCCAAGCCAUUGGCCGCCGAUGACGACCAUUCGAUGGGUACGGUCAAGUCGGUUGGGAAUGAAAAAGAUUACCACAAGGAUGAGCGUGUGGAGGACGAUGGAUCAUUUAUACCUCACUCCCCAAGUUUCAGGGUAUAUUGCACUCCAUCGUUGGAUGACAACGCCCGAGAUAAAAUAACGGAGAAACAACAAAUGGAUCAUAAGAGUAACAAGCAUGGAUCAAGUACUCGAUUGGGGAGCAAAGCUAAAACACGAAAAGGACAUAAGAAGGGCUUAAUUUGCGAUUGAAGAAAAAUAUUGAAGGUUCUCGUCCAGAUGUGUGUACAGAUUCAUUUGCUUUUAUUGAAGAAACAACACAAUGUUCCCUAUUCAUUUUGUUGUUGUAUAAAAAA